GAUGGACGACUCCCAGGUUGAGACUCUACCACUAGACAACUUGAAAAAGAAGUCAGCCAGUGGCAGGCGAUCUGUAGGACCUCUUGGACUAUUUCGCAGCUUCUACACUCAAAGGACGAGACCUCGUCGCUCCUUCCCUGCACGCCCGCUCUCCCGAAAAGCUCGAAUCAUCCACGCUUUGCGGCGGCUAUUCUGUGGCGUGGUGUUCGUUCUGUGAGUGUAUCUGACCUCUGAGACUGAAUGUAUGUCUCUCCGACCACUGACACCGGAUCCUUCUACAGCGGCACGUUCAAGCUCGCCUCCAUCACCUGGACCGGCCUGGUAUACCUCUUCCCGGACGACCUCGACGCCCGUCUCGACGCGUGGCUCGUCCCCGGCGGGCGGCCCUCGAUCUUCUCGCACUGGACCACGCACGGGGUGGAGCCCGUCCACUGCCACUCGCACAACGACUACUGGCGCGACGUGCCGCUCUACUCGGCCCUGCGCGCGGGCUGCAUCGGCGUGGAGGCCGACAUCUGGCCGUCCAACCGCGACCUGCUGGUCGGCCACACGCCGUUCACGCUGCACCCGGACCUAACCCUGCGCAGCCUCUACCUCGACCCGCUGCUCGACCUGCUCCAGAAGCAUAACACGCGCAGCAGCCAGCUCCAGCCCGCCAACCAUGCCACCCACCACCCGCCCGCGGGCGUCUUCGCCACCGACCCCUCCCAGACCCUCGUCCUGCUGAUCGACUUCAAGACCGACGGCGAGGAGCUGUGGGACCCCGUGCUGGCGCAGCUGCAGCCCCUGCGCGCCGGCGGGUUUUUGACGCACUACAACGGCACGGCGGUCGUCGAGCGGCCCCUCACCAUCGUCGCCACGGGCGAUGUCCCCUUCCAUCGGGUCGUCGCCAACACGACCUACCGCGAUGUCUUCUACGAUGCGCCGCUCGACCAGCUGGAAGCGUCGGGAAGCAGUGUAAACGGCUCGCCUUCAGCGACAUCGCAAGUCACCAACGACGACGACGACGACGACGACGACUACACCCGCGCGAACAGCUACUACGCCUCCGUGAACUUCCGGCGGACGAUCGGGAGCCUCGCCGGCAAUCGGUUCUCGGAGGAGCAGUUGGCCCGGGUGCGCGCGCAGGUCGCCGCCGCGCACGCCCGCGGGCUGAGGGUGCGGUACUGGGGCACGCCCGGGUGGCCGCGGGGGCUGCGGAAUCAUGUUUGGCAUGUGUUGGUCAGGGAGGGGGUCGACCUGAUCAAUGUGGAUGAUUUGUACGAGGCGACGCGGCAGGAUUGGCGGAAGCAUCGGAGUUGGGGGUUGUGAUCGGGCUUUGGAGGAAUGAGAUGAGGUUGCGUAUCUACUUGCUUUGCUUGGGUGAAUAUAUCAAAUAACUCUCAGAGGAGGUUUUAUUUUAGUAUCUGAACUUAGCGCAAACGUCAAUGGUG